ACUGGGAGCACGGAUCGACCGAUCCGCCGCUUGCUAAUGUGUGUUCACGAACGCCCUAGGGGUGCAGUCAAAGUCAGUCGGGGAGACGUCUCUACGAGUCUCAUUCCCCGACGAUCCUCUCAAGUCAUGGCUUUGCACGUUUUCGAUCGUGAGGAAUUGUCCCGAGGGUCUUGUACUCGGUGAUCACUUUCUGCGGGAUAUGACCGAGACGGUUACCAGGUUCCGACAUCGCCUCAAGAAGGCUGUCUCAGAUCUGGCGAGGCGGACAUGGCGACUUAUGUAUAUGCAGCGUCCCCGGCAAAAGCUCGAAUGCCUUGUCGAUUCCGAGCGCGUUUUCGCCAAUGCCGAUACCGGGUCCGACAUUGAUCUGGUGUCUCAUGAAUACGCCAAAUUCCGCGGCUGGGAUAUAACCCGUCUUCCAGACGACGAAGGCUUUGUGGUUCUAUCUGACGGCACGACAGCCAAAGUCUUCGGGUACGUGGACGCCGAUCUAAGGGUACAAGGCCAUGCCACUGGGGAAAGGAGGUUUUAUGUGCUAGACGGACUAGUUUCAGAUGUCAUUCUAGGGGACCCUACUCUCGACGAACUCGACGUGUUUAACGCAUACGUUGACUCGUUCGUGGAUCUGAAGGAUGUUAGCACAGCCGAAGAUUUUUAUAUGAUAGAAUGGGUUGAGCGGUUGAACGAGUUGGAGGCCAAAGUGGAUGAUCUUCUAUCGGCAACACAUGGGACCGCUACCGGGCCCCUAGUGGCGGCUCCUAUAAGGAAAUGGGGUCGUUUCCUCGGCGCGGCAAAACGCCGCGGGGGACUCAAGGUUGAUCAUAAACCAGGCGAUAUUAAAGCCGAGCUGAGACGGAGGCUCCAGGAUCUGGACGGCGUCGAGGACCAACUGUCGAGUCUCUCAUUGAAGAGAAUGGAAAGGCUCGUAGGGAAUGAGCUGCGGCGGGAACAAUCUGACAACGAAGCUCGAAAAGCACGGUACUGCGAACUUCGUAUCAAGAUUCUGACAGCUAUCCGCGAUCUGCCCUCGAGAUAGUGUCCACUUGAAAUACCCGUUGGGACUCCACUUCCGUCGCCAACCUUCUGCGUCCCGUA